CAUCUGUUGGAACAAAAUAAUCUACGAUGGCUCCGCAAUACGCCCCAAGUCUGCGCUCUCGUUUGGCUCCUUUGCUGCUUUUCUUGCAGAUAGGCUUUAUUGUCAUUUACUAUUUUUACGUAGAAAUUGAAAACCAUGUGAAUGGAAUUAUAUUCAGGAACCUUUACUCGGUGUUCCAAGAUUUGAAUGUGAUGGUCUUUCUGGGUUUUGGCUUCUUCAGCACUUUUUUAGUGCGGUAUGGUUUCAGCGGCUCAGGGUUCAAUCUUCUUGUGGCAGUCAUGGCCACCCAAUGGGCACUCAUUCUUAAUGGUAUUUAGUCCUGGUAUUACAGAGGCAAGAUUUGGAUUGACAUGAAAAGCUUGGUGAUUGCUGAGAUGUGCACAUCCUUGGUUCUCAUCUCGAUUGGAGCUGUGCAAGGCAAAACCAACCCUGUCCACCUUGUCCUCAUGGCACUGCUGGAGGUGUUCGGCUUUGUCUUGAAUGGAUGGCUCCUCCAGACCCUACUGAAGGUACGACCUUUGACCAGCAUCAUGCUGCUUCACAUCUUUGCUGCUUUCUUUGGGCUUGUACUGACCAGGGUCCUGCACCGGAACGAAACGGAAUAUGAGAAGGAGAAACUCAACCGCAAAACAGGAUUGUUCUCCAUGUUAGGGACUGUGUUUCUUUGGAUGUUUUGGCCCAGUUUCAACUCUAUCCUCCUCAUGGAGCACCAUUCUCCAGAAAGGUGGCUGAGAGCAGUGUGCAGCACAUACUUGGCCUUGGCUGUCAGUGCUGUAGCAUCCUUAGCUCUAUCUGUGCUCUCCAGUCACAAAGGAAAAGUUAACCCAACCCAUUUCCUGUCAUGCUUACUCGCUGGUGGUGUUGCGGUGGGGGUUCCCAUGCCAGUGAUACAUCACCCAUGGGAGGCUAUGACAAUUGGCUUGACUGCGGCUGUUGUGUCAACCAUUGGGUUCAGAUAUUUCAAGAAACCCAUGCUGUUUGCCUUUGACUGUCAUGAUACGUGUAGUAUUCUGAGCACACAUGGACUCCCUGGACUUCUAGGAUGGCUGGCUCACCUCCUGCUGCAGAUCAAACACUGCGACGACCACACAACAGCUACUCGGUUUGCUGUAUUUCAUAUAUCUGCCCUCUUCAUCACCCUAAGUACAAGCCUGAUCAUGGGGAUCCUAACAGGGCUAGUACUUAAGUGGGACAUCUGGAGACCGCCUCAGGACAAAAAAUGCUUUGAUGAUCAGGCUUACUGGAAGGUAAAGUAGCAUCUUAAAACAAACAUUGUUUGUUGCGUUGCUGCCCACCAAAAAGCAUGUACAGGUACCCUACAUUUUUAAUUGUCUUUAUUAUCUGACAAAACACCUACUUGUGUUUCCUCCCACAUUCCAAUGUUAUGCAUGUUAGGUUAAUUGGACACCAAAUUGUUCUGUCUAAAAAAAAAUGACAAAAUAGUCAUUACGCAAGUAUUGAAAUAUUUCAAGCCUUUAUAGAUCUUGCAAGUUUAAUGAUUAGGACUUACAGAUAAGGAAAACAACAUUCAGCGUCUCAGAAAAUAAAUGUGACUAUUGUGAAAAUGUUCAAUAUUGGUGUCAAUUGCAGGAUGAACAGGAUACAAUAAAAUAAAUGACAAUAUAACUUAAAGAUACAUGCUUUUUUGGACAGCAGUGUUAUGUAUAAUACAAUCUAAAACAGAAAACAAAAUUAUGUUUUUCAGUUUGAGCAUCUUGCAGUAUGCAAGUAAUUUGAAGAAUUGGACCAUGGACGUACAGUACACACCAUGUUUAUAAAAGAUGAAUGCAAGACAUGUUUUCUGCUCAAAACUUUUCUUUAAUGAUGCCAUGGUAGCCGAUGUGUGACCCCAUUGUAAGAAAUUAACUUAAAUAAGAAUUUAAUUUGUCUAAGUCUAUUUUAACAAUAAACGACAAAUUUCCCGGCUCACUUGAUGUUUGACCCAUACAAACAUCCUACAUGACAAGGUUUUUAAUGUGUUUGUGAAUGGUAAUUCCCUCAAUUACAUAUCAUAACAAAAUGUAUUCCGACUGAUGGAAUAGUAAGCAUACACACAGGAAUUUUGGACCGUUUGAGAAUAUUGAAUUCCCAAAACAAUUACACAAAAGUUGUACACAAUUUUAACAACGCGGCUGGCUGCACAGUGCAGGUACACAUUAUAAAACGUGUCACAGUUGAAAAUAUUCAACCUGUCAAGGAGUCUUAUGAUUUGUGCUUGUUUAUGACUUAACCUUUUAAAACAGCAACAAAAAUAUAAAUUAUAUUUGUCAACUCUGAACGCUAAAAAAAGGCUAUGUAAGAAGUGAUAAUCACUGAAGCCUGGCGCAUAUUGUCUCAUACGACAUAGAAAGCAGUGUAUAAUAAUGGACAGACACACUUGGGAGGCGGUUAUUGCCACAGAUCCUCUGUACGUCCAAACUUGAAGACCAAACCCCUGAAUAAAAAAAAAAGGAAAUAUAGGAAGAAAGAUCUGUUAGUUAUUCAGCAAAAUACAAGAUCUUGGUCGCAAAGGACAACUCACUUACCCGAAGAAAAUGAAUGCAUUUUGAAAGAAAAUGGCUAUGCCAGGGUACACAACAGGCUUCUCUGCAAAAGAGAACAGACAUAUUUUUUGAAAACUAAUACAUUUGAAAGUGACAUAUUUUUUGAAAACUAAUACAUUUGAAAGUGGGAGGUAUUACGGAUAAAAUGGCAUUACCAUAUUUUCAGGAAACAUCUUAAAUUAAAAAAGUCUAAACUACAAUAAUUAAAAUUGAUUCUUUGAUUUCAAAUCAGUUGUUGUGGUGUAAAGGUAAUGAGCUAGGGUAAAGUAUUUUGUCACAGCCCAAAUACUUCUGACCAGACUGUAUACUUUUACUUAACUUUAGUAGCUGCAUCAUACAAGCAAAUAGAUUAAAAUGUAGUUGUGUCAAAUUUACUCUUAACUGUCGUACAGCAAAACAGAACACUUGUUAAGUGUGUUAAGUGGCAAGCAGACAAACAGGACUAACCAGGGACUACAAAACCACCGAACAGGAUCCACAUUGAAGCAAUGAGUGAGCCAAAAGCCAUCAUGAAGCCAAUGAAGAGCCACACACGAGCGCCUGCAGAAACACAUAAAAAAGGGUGGGCUUCUGGUUGACUGCUGCAUGUAGUAGGUUGCAUGAUAGUCAUGGUAAAUAAAUUAUACACCUAGACAUUAUGAUGACACCCACAACUAAAAUACUUGUAUUAUUGCGUUUGCAGUGUAAUACUGUACUGUACAAGAAACACUUAUCAUGUAACAGUACUAAAAUAAAAUUGAAUUACCUUAUGAAGUGCUCUGUGAGCAAAUACAUUAGCUCAUCGUGUCUCUAAUGCAUACCUGUCUGUCCCAUGCAGCCUUCACUGUAGCUGUCACCUCUCACUUGGCCAUUUGACACAGCGUUUAUCCUAAACAGACCAAAGUAGACACAAUCCACAAUCCAAUUACAAUAUUAUUAUAGUGACAACAGCUUAUAGACUUGUGGCACGGCUUUCCUCAGCAAGAGGAGAGUCAUUUGUAAUUAUUGACUAAAUGUAAUGUAAAGUAUAGGGUUAGAAUUAGGGAUGUUCCGAUAAGGGUUUUAUGCUGCCAAUUAUGAUACCUAUCGUCCAUGAGUGGAAUCGACCGAUACCAAUACAGACAGAUCACAUUAAAGGCCUACUGAAAUGAAUUUUUAAAAUUUAAACGGGAAUAGCAGAUCCAUUCUAUGUGUCAUACUUGAUCAUUUCGCGAUAUUGCCAUAUUUUUGCUGAAAGGAUUUAGUAGAGAAAAUCGACGAUAAAGUUCGCAAGUUCCCAUCAACAGCCGUGCUCACCUGCGUUCCAGCGAUCGACGGCGCGACGAAGGACUUCAUCCAUGGGUUUGGCGGCAAGCAUCGGCUAGGCGUAGUAAGUAGUCCUUGUUGUGUUGCUGUAAGUAUUGUACUUAGCCGCUAAUACACCGAUCGAUCCCACCUACAACGUUCUUCUUUGCAGCCUCCAUUGUUCAUUAAACAAAUUUCAAAAGAUUCACCAACACAGAUGUCCAGAAUACUGUGGAAUUUUGUCGAAGAAAACAAGAGGUUUUUGUAUCGGGUCGAUGGGGUACAACCACUUCCGUGGAUUUUGUGACGUCACGCGCAUAAAUCAUAUCCAAAGGAGUUUUUCAACCGGAAGUGUGGCGGGAAUUUUAAAAUUGCACUUUAUAAGUUAUGCCGUAUUGGCAUGUGUUUCAAUGUUAAGAUUUCAUCAUUGAUAUAUAAACUAUCAGACUGCGUGGUCGGUAGUAGUGGGUUUCAGUAGGCCUUUAACUAUUAACUAUAAAUGUAUUAACUUAAAUUUUUUCCAUUUAUUUACGGUGAGUGCUAAUAAUAGUUCAACAAUAUCAACACAAUACUUAAACUAGUUCCUUAUUCUCUUCGUUUGAGUCACACAUCAAGAGUGUUACUAAAACGGCCUUCAUUCAUCUCCGUAAUAUCGCUAAAAUUUGUUCCAUUUUGUCCACUAGCGACGCUGAGAUCAUUAUUCAUGCGUUCGUUACGUCUCGUCUCGAUUACUGUAACGUAUUAUUUUCAGGUCUCCCUAUGUCUAGCAUUAAAAGAUUACAGUUGGUACAAAAUGCGGCUGCUAGACUUUUGACAAGAACAAGAAAGUUUGAUCAUAUUACGCCUAUACUGGCUCACCUGUACUGGCUUCCUGUGCACUUAAGAUGUGACUUUAAGGUUUUACUAUUUACGUAUAAAAUACUACACGGUCUAGCUCCAUCCUAUCUUGCUGAUUGUAUUGUACCAUAUGUCCCGGCAAGAAAUCUGCGUUCAAAGAACUCCGGCUUAUAAGUGAUUCCCAGAGCCCCAAAAAAGUCUGCGGGCUAUGGAGCGUUUUCUAUUCGGGCUCCAGUACUCUGGAAUGCCCUCCCGGAAACAGUUAAGAGAUGCUACCUCAGUAGAUCACCUAAGUCCCAUCUUAAAACUCAUUUGUAUACUCUAGCUUUUAAGUAGACCCCCCUUUUAGACCAGUUGACCUGCCGUUUCUUUUCCGCUCUGCCCCCCUCUUUCGUGGAGGGGGCGGGCACAGGUUCAGUGGCCACGGAUGAAGCGCUGGCUGUCCAGAGUCGGGACCCAGGGUGGACCGCUUGUCUGUGCAUUGGUUGGGGACGUCUCUGCGCUGCUGACCUGUCUCUGCUCGGGAUGGUCUCCUGCUGGCUCUACUAUGGACUGGACUCCCACUAUUAUGUUAGAUCCACUAUGGACUGGACUCUCACAAUAUUAUGCUAGAUCCACUCGACGUCCAUUGCACCGGUCGCCCCCACAUCUGCAGUCCCCUCCAAGGUUUCUCAUUGUCCCAUUGGGUUAAGUUUUUCCUUGCCCUGAUGUGGGAUCUGAGCCGAGGAUGUCGUUGUGGCUUGUGCAGCCCUUUGAGACACUCGUGAUUUAGGGCUAUAUAUGUAAACAUUGAUUGAUUGAUGGAUUUAAUUGUUUGAACUAAACAAGGUCAAUAGUACACGAACUAACGAAAAAACUAUUAUAUAUUAAUCAUUUAAAUCCUCACAGUCAAUUUGUGUCCAAGGAAUCCUUCCCUGAGUUUGUAAAUAUUAAUAAAAAACAACCCAACAAAUAUUUUGAGAAAAUACAAAUAUCGACCAAAUCACUCUAGUGGCAUCUACACUACCAAUUUACAUGGAUCCGCCUUCCUCUUACGUGUCGUGUACUGACAUACCAACAGUUGUCAUAUUAUCCUCUCUCUAGACUCUUUUUAAUCUACUUGUUAAUUUCCUGUUAAUAACUGCUUACUUUCUGCUGUAAAGUGGUUACUAAGCACCUAUUUCUUGGUGUUGUUUGAAGUUAGCUUAGCAGUUAGCUUAGCUAUUAGCAUGCCUGUUCCUGGCUUGCUCUCAGUGUGCUACCUCCAGUGAUAAUACAUGAUCAUGUUAUUUAAGAGACUAAGACAUGCAGCUAAUUACAAUUCGCUUAGGGGAGCGGCUCCACACUGAGUAUGGAGACACAUAAUUAGCUGUUAGCCGCUUGGCAGUGGGGAUCGGCAAUUGUGAUCAGCAUUAAAAGGAAUUAAUCAGCAAUCAGCAAUUGCUAUCACAUAAUUUUUUCACAGAAAUGGUCUAUAUACAAGUUUCACACCAUAAACAAUCAAAUGAUUAUAGUAAUGAUGAUUAAGAAUCAGAUUAUCUAAGUAAUGGGGUAAGACAGUAUAAGCUUUUGCUUUUUUUUGCUCCUUUUCGGACACACCAUGUUUCUUUUUAAUUCAGUCUGGUGGCCGAUCGAUCCGCACAUUCCUUGUUAGAAUGAGGUUAAAUUAUAGUACUAGUAGCAAGGAGAGGCACUGUAUGAACACUCCGGCUGUCACAUGGAGCAAGUGGAAGCUUCAGACAUGUUGAGUAAAUGGUAUUGAUUUUCCUACAUGUAUUGGGAUUUUAUCUUUAGGAUGUUGUUUGCAUGUAGAAAUUGGGAUUGUAUUGUGAGAGGCUAUCUGAGCACGAGAUGGGAUGCCCUCGAGCAAGAGACUGCACCUCUAGCCCCCAAUUCGAAAAAAAUGGGAAAAUUAAAUGUUGCACCACAUAUUAAAUCUGUUAUGUACAUACAGUAUGUGUGCAUUGGUUGUGGUGAAAAAAACCCAAAUAAUCCAUCCCCUGUUUGUUAAGACACUCUUACAUGAGAAAAGCCACUGUAGCGAUGACUCCACAUGUGUGAUAAGCGUGGGGAAACUCUCCCUGUAGCGGAUACUUCACUGCUGCAUCUAUGAUGAUCCACCAACCAGUGAAGAACUGCAAUGAGACGAGAUCAAAUCAAAAAGCUUAUAUUUUGAUACUGGCUGGCUUCAAUAUUAUAACAGACGGCACAACAUGUGUAAACUAAUUACAAAUACAAAUACCAUUUUGCUGUACUAGUUACAAUGAAUAAGAUCUAUCUAAACAGCAGACAUUAUCCACCGAAAUAUACAAAAGCUGCUGAAGGUGUGUUUGACGAAGAAGCAGCUGGAAAGAGACACUGUAGAAGUCCACUCUCCAAGGUAAAUGCUGUACAUUAUAACUACAUUUUGUCAUAAACUACUAGGUUCUUUAUUCGAAUCCCUGGGAACGAAUCCCGUCCCGACCAGAAAUGUAGCUCAAGUCAUUAGGCGCAGAUAGCGAAAGCAGAAAAAAAAUGGACCGGAAAAAGCGCCCCAAAGUGUAAUAAAGUUCAAAACAAAAGGUAUAAUCCAAUUAAUAACUUUACUGAGAGAUUUGAGCAGGGUACAAACACAUUAGAUUAGAUUAGAUAGUACUUUAUUGACGAACACUUUUACAACCAACCGGAAACAUAGCAACCAGGCUAGCAACGCACCUCCUUUACGGCAGCUGUCGCAAGGUUCUUAAAGCAACCGCAGCACAUACAUAUAUAUACAACAUAUCUCCCUUUUAACUUUUGUUUUUCUUUCCUUGUAAACAAAACAAAAUCACACUGUAUAUGUGUUGUCUGUCUAAUUAUAAAUAAUGCAGACAAGGCGGGUUGGCUGAGUUCUUGACCUUUACUUUCACAGCGUGCUCAUAACCUCAUUCUUAGCUGCCGGGUGGCGACAUGCAACAACACUUUUCGGGGCUACCGCGCAUGCUCGUCACUCCCGUUGCAUGCUGGGUAGUGCAGUUGUUAUAUUCCCUAGCUCAUAACAUCACAUCUUUCCCCCCAUAAAGAAAUAAUGUUAACUCAAUAAAGUGUAUUUCUUUUUUUUUAGCUUUAACUUUUCAUUUUUUAGCAUUGUAACCACAUUUGCAAACAACUUUUCUCUUCAUAGAAUUUUCUUUCAAUAAAGAAAUAAAGUGCAAAAAUGUCAAAGCAUCAUAACAAACAGUUAUGUCAAAUAGCAGCAGAAGUGCACUUUUUGGAGAGCUGUAUUAUUUUCAGUUUUGUGCCCAAGGGACUGAUUUUAUUUAACACUAUAUUAUUAUUUAUACACCUAUAGUGAUCACAGACACAGGUUGUUUUUGUGUUACUGUAUAUAUGUUUUUCUGAAAAAUCCCACUUAAUAUACUUUGCGUAACAGUCAAUAUUUUUAUUUUUUAUUUUUUUAGGGGGGGUAACAGUCAAUAUUUAUUUAUUUAUUAGAUUUUAUUUUUUUCUUAUAUAAUAAAAGUGAGCUUUUGUUAAACCAAAUAUUGUGUGGUUUUUUCCAUAUACAACAACCUAUCUGGACUCGAUAAGAGAAUCGAUAAGGAAUCGGUUCGAUAAGAGGAUUCGAUAAUAGGCUCAAACUCGAUAAUUUCUUAUCAAACAUCAUCCCUAUAAACUACUG